GACGGACAAAAUAAACAAUUCUAAGGAAACAUUAUUUCAUGCAUCUUAUUGGAAUUGAUCUGAGAAAUAUAUCAUUGGAAAUCGGGAUCAGACAGAGCAAGCAAGACAGAGAGAAGUACACUGUGCUUGGAGAAGAACGUAGUUCGUCAAAUUUUGCCGCCAACUCAACUUUUUUGCUCAUCAAAUAUGCAUGUUCCGGGCCACUUUGGCCCAGUGCCACCUCAGCUCUAUCUUGCACAACAGCAACAGCAUCCCCAGCAUAUUGACAUGAGGAACUACCAGAGUCGAUGUCAUCCCGCCUCGUUCAUCCACCCCAUGGAUGAUCCUAAAAUCUCCCAUUAUGAAGACCCUCACAGACUGAGACUACCUGUCAAUUCCUCUUCUCACAACAACUGCAUAUUAAGGCAGCCGGAGAGUCCCGUGUCACACAGAAACAGCCAGUCAUCAUCCUGUCCAGUCUCCCCAAAUUCUAGUUGUGGCAGCCCAAGGUCAUCACAUUUUCCAGACAUAGUAUCGUCACCACAACAAUAUGACAACGUCUCUCAUCUUCCAAAUCCAAAUUCCACAUUUCAUUCAAAUCAACAUGGAUUCCCUCACCCUGCAUACCCGCGCAGUCAUAUCCACUACAAUGACAACGGUCUAAGCAAUGUUGAAAACGUCCGUGCUCGAAAUAAUGUGAAUCGGAUUGAUUCUCCAAACAAUUGUAAUGGCAUAGCAUCUCCAAGUAAGCCCUACUACCAGUCCUCUCCCUCACCUAACCAGGUUUAUGGCGGGAUUCCCCAGUCCCCGUUCCUUCAGAAUGGGGUACCGAUGGUGAAUCCUUACUCUAGAGCUUCUCCGAUGUAUUCCUCUCACCCGUCUUCACCCACAGUUGCCGUUAGUGCUCGACAAAAUUUCAAUUUGCCGACACACUCUUGUGCUAUUUCUCAACAAAACAGCAACGUCCAACACUCACCGGCCAUGCAUUGUCCAGAUCGGAUGCCAGACUCGAUGGACCCCAGCAGCCCCGGUAUUCUCCCCCAUUCAGAUUUUCAUCAGUACCCUGAAGGAUUUCCUACACCCCAGCAUCAACAAAUCAUGGUGCUGAAUGGCGAGAACUUGCACCCCAUGCAGUGCCCUUUCCCAGUGAGUGACAUCCAGGAGGAUGAACCUCUGUACGUCAAUGCCAAACAGUAUCACAGAAUUCUGAAACGGCGACAAGCGAGGGCAAAACUACAGGCCCAGGGCAAAAUUCCAAAAGAGAGAAAAAAAUAUCUUCAUGAAUCCCGCCACAGGCACGCAAUGAACCGCUUCCGUGGUGAGGGCGGUCGUUUUUUUUCUGCUAAUUCCAAAGAAAUUAAAAAAGAACUGGAUGACACUAUCAAAAAAGAACCAGAGGAUUUUGACGAGCCCAGUAGUCAGGAUUCGGUUUAUCUGGAUUUUAAUGAUAUACGCAAGAAAAGUCUAGAGAUGUGAAGAAAAACGUUUAAAGUUACAUUACCUUUUUGCAUACUAAAUAUUUUCUUGGGUUUGUUAAUUUUUCUUAGUUUGUGACAUUUAUAUAAGAAAUAGAGCAUUGAUUAUUAUCGUGUAUUCAUUCCUAGAUCUCUAUUGAUUGACUUAGCAAACGGAAGUGACGCAAUUUAUUUUAAAAGAUUUUUAUUCGUAGAUCUCUUAGCUAAAGCAAAUGAAAAAUAACUGGGGUGUAAUUCAUUUAAUUCAGACUUUUACAGAGAAACUAGUCACACAAACAAGAAGAUACUUCAAUGACAUGUGUUCAACAAUUGUUAUGUAGUUGUAGAAGAAAUGUUGCUAUAAUAUUUAUUAAAUGGUGUUUUUGUUAGAAUGUCAGGAUGUACUGUUGACUUUUAAGUGGUACUCUGAGUACUUUUUACUGUUCUGUAUGAUCUCUGACCUCUAGAAUACAUGUGUAUUAUGGGAGGUUAUGGUCUACACAUUAUAGUACUGAACAUAUAAUUUAUUGGUGUGCCAAUUUUUGUCAAAGUGAAAAAAUACUAGAAAUGAAAUCUACCAACUAGUAUACAAACGAUUUCAAUUUUAACAUUGUUGUUAUGUUUUUUCCUAAUAAUUUAUUUGUUUUUGCUUUCUGCAUGCAAAAUUCUAUAUAAUCUUGCUUGUAAGUUUUGGGUCAUGGCAGGAUUUGGUCUCUGAAUUUUUUUUUAUGACGAUCCGAUCUUGUGCUUAUUUUAAUCAGAUAGAUCUUUAACGGAAAAUGGUUUGGUUCAUAUCGGGUUUUUACCAUUUUUUGUCAAAAAUAUAAUUGCUAGAUUAUAAUCCGUCCCACUUUGCUGGCAAUGCAAAUCACAGAAAAAGCCAAGCUUUGAUUAUUAUAUUCAAUCUACAUAAUGCUAAUAAAUUAUAGAAAACAGA